ACAACAGCCGUCAACUUGAAACUGUUGCUGAAACAAGUCUGAAUGACUUAGCUUGUUUGUUCAAUUCGGACAGCAAUAAUCUCCAUGAAAUGAUACAGCAAUCUUCUUGACCUGCUUUUUAAUAUAAAGGGACCAUAAAGACGACAGAAUCUUCACAAUCAUGCUCAAGCAGUUUAACAUUUUAAAGCAGUUUGGAAAUGGGGGGAAGUCACAAGAUGCAACUGAUCUUCUAUCAGAGGAUCUGGUUUUGGUGGAACAGCGUGUGGAGCCUGCCAGGAAAGCUGCCCAGAUCAUCCAUAAGAAGCUGGUAGGCUGCCUGCAAAGUCAACAGGGACUGGACCCAGAUAGACGAAUGAAAAAGUUACCUCUCAUGAUGCUGUCUGUCAGUAUGGCUGAGAGCUUUAAAGAUUUUGAUGGGGAAUCCUCUAUCAGAAAAGUUCUAGAAAUGUGCUGCUUCAUGCAAAAUUUUCUGGCACGGACUUUGGCUGACUUUGAGAUGAAGUUGGAGAAGGAGGUUUUAGUGCCUCUUAAUAAGCUCAGUGAGGAAGACCUGCCAGAAAUCUUGAAAAACAAGAAACAGUUUGCUAAACUUACGACAGACUGGAAUAAUGCACGCUGCAGAUCUCAAGCCAGCACAGGUCCACAGGCCAAACAGGACGGUCUCAGAGAAGAUGUAGAGGAGGCCUGGAGAAGACUGGAGUCUAUCAAGGAUCAGUAUUCUGCAGACCUGUACCAUUUUGCUACUAAAGAGGAAGAGUAUGCCAGCUACUUCAUUCGCCUGCUGGAGCUACAAGCUGAAUAUCACAAGGCCUCUCAUGAAUUUUUGGAGAGGAACAUAUCCGAGUUGAAAGAGAGCCACAGCCACACAGAACCUCAAGUGACUUUAUCUGAAAAAAGGGUAUUUGGAGAACCUCUGCUGUCACAUCUUCAGAAUUGUGAUCAAAAGAUCGCUGUACCAAUUGAGGAGUGCGUGAGCAUGCUGCUGCGUACAGGACUCAGAGAAGAGGGGUUGUUCAGGCUAGCAGCUGGUGCAUCUGUUGUGAAAAAACUGAAGAACUGUCUGGAAGCAGGGACGGUCGACCAAAAUGAGUUUCGCUCCGACCCUCAUGCAGUAGCAGGGGCUUUUAAAUGUUAUUUGAGAGAGUUACCUGAACCGCUCUUGACAUUUGAACUUUAUAAUGACUGGUUCAGGGCUGCAGCAGAAAAAGAGACAGAUGAAAAACUAAAUCAGCUGCGGGUGACGUUGCAAAAGCUUCCCACAGAAAACUAUAACAACCUCAGAUACCUUGUGCAGUUUCUGUCACACUUGUCUGAGUAUCAAGCAGUGAAUAAGAUGACACCUAGCAACAUUGCAAUAGUGCUCGGGCCUAAUCUACUGUGGCCCCGCUGUGAAGGAGAAACUUCCUUGCUAGACAUGGCAUCUGCCUCUUCUGUGCAAGUCGUGACUAUCAUAGAGCCUCUUAUACAGUAUUCCAAGAGCCUCUUCCCUGAAGAUGCAGAUUUUCAGAUCCCAGAGCCAAUUUCAAGCUCAGUUUUGCAAGACAUGAUUCCAGCAACAUCUCAGAGGAAUCUUUCAGACAGCGUCUUUCCACCUUCCCCCUCUCCAUCUAACCGAGCUUCCCUCGUAAAAACAGAGAGCUCGGCCUCAUCUGAUGACUUUGGGUUGACGCAAGCUGUCAAACCUUCUCAGAUGAACCGUGAUGCUGUUUUGUGGGAGAACAACAAUUCUCAUCCAGUCGCUCAGAUAUCUGCGCAAAAUUACAACCCUUCUCCGCUCCCCCGGUACACUCCAGUACACGCCCCGCCCAACAACCAAUGCCACGUCAGGACACAGAGCUCCACCCAAUCAGAGGGCACUCAGGAGCCUCCAGCUCCGUCUAAGGAGCCUGUGUUGAAGAUCACAACUCCUUACAAACCAAGGAGGUCCUUCGUUCAGCAAAAGCCACAAAACCCCAGUAAAGGUCCUCCUGUGAACCAGACGGGAGCUUUCCCAUCAAACCAGCAAAGAGUUGUCCCCGUUCCUCUGCCCAGAGUCUCUGAGAUGCAACCGCUGCCUUCAGUCAAGCCCGAAAUCGCCCAAACUCAACUGCCCAUGUUGCCUGAGGCUGGACCACAAAAGAAACCCCAAGGCAGAAGACCCAAAGCCCCUCCUCCUCAACCACCCCCGGCACUUAACAAGCAGCUUUCCUUUCCAGCUCAGUAAGUCUUAAAAAGGAAAG